AUGGCCUCGCCAUUUCAGAACACCUACCAUCUCCGUCACGUAGCCGAUACCUCCGCCAAAGCAUGCUACAUCUGCUAUAAACCCUCGACCUCGGUCCUGAUCACCCCUGAUAACAAGGACUUCUUCUACACCUGCCCCUCCCACCUCACCGACCGGAACUUCUGCUCGCCGAUAAUCGACGCAGCGGAAGUUGAGGCGAAAGCGAAGCGCGAAGCGAUGGCCAGGGAGAUCGAGAAGGUGAAGAAGGAGUACGAAGAGAAGCAGGCGCGGAAAGCGAAGAAGGCUGGAGCAGAGAAGGACAAGGACGAGAAGAAGGAAAAGGAAAAGGACAAGGACAAGGACUCGAGAGAUAAAGAUGGAGAGGACAAGGAGAGUAAGGCUGCGGAGAAGGACCGUGAUGAUAGAAUCGAUGCGAUUAAGAAAUCUGGGAGUACUACGGCUUCUACAACGGAUGAUUCGCCGAGGGUGUUUGCGCUGCAUAAGAACUUCUAUCAGAUGCGAAUUGAUAGGGUGCGCAAUGUUGAGGUCGCAAGGCGCAAUCGGCAACGACUGCAGGAUCCUUCGUUUUUCCCGUCUGUUCCCUCUGGUGGUCUUUGA